AAUACUGAGAGGCGAGUGAGGCGCGCGGCGUUUAGUCGGCAGGCGGCAGCCGCAGAUGAUGUCGCGUCGUCCGCAAGCCAGGCCGCGGCUACAUUCGCGCGUCCGUCCGCAGGCCGCGCCCGAGCCGUCGCCGGCGCCCGAGCCCGCCGCGCCGGACCCUGACCCUCAUCCGCCCUCCGAUGAGGAGCGCGAGCUCCGAGAACCCGGCGACUGGAGGCCUUCCCGGCCCGCGUCGCCGCCGCAGCGCCCCGACGACGUCUCCGAAGGCUCCGAAGCCACCACCCGCCCCACCAGAGCUGAACCGGCCAGCCGCUACGCCAACCUCAACUACUGGAAGGCCAGGCGCGUUACCUUCUACCGGAAUGGCGACCCGUUCCACCCCGGCGUGGAGUUCCGCUUUAAGCCCGGCCGCGACCUCGCCUCCAUGGAGGUGCUGCUGGACCGGCUCUCCGAGAGGCUGGAGCUGCCGAGAGGGGCCAGAUUCAUCUUCGGCAUGGACGGAGAUCGAAAGUACAGGCUUGAGGAACUCGAAGACGGAGCAUCCUACGUUGUCUCCUCCUACAAAACUUUCAAGGCAGCCAGCUACGGCAAGAAGAACGGCAUGUGGUACGGUGGCACCACAACGGCCGCGGCGCCGGGCUGGUCCCGCGCCGGUACAAGGAAACAAUCGGUGGCGGAGUCCGACGCUCCGCCCCCGGGCGGCGGUAAACCAGCCAGCGGGCGCGUGAUCCGCAUCAUCAAUAACAUGGACCAUUCUAUACAGUGUCGCGUUUUACUAAACCUCCGCACAACACAGCCAUUCGAAGAAGUACUGGAAGACUUGGGUCAAGUUCUCAAAAUGAGUGGAGCUAAAAGGAUGUACACAAUCACAGGACAAGAGGUCAGAAGUUUCUCACAGCUACGAAACGAAUUCGCUGAUGUAGAAACGUUUUACUUGGGCUCACUGAUCGUUGCGCCCGCGCUUAGCCCUGGCGUAAGCGCCCCGCUACCAGUCGAGUCUCCUAUUAGAAGGUCCCGAUCAAGAGGCAACGUAGCCGCCGCGCCGGCAGCGUCAGAAGACUUGCGCGGGCGCCGAGCGCGCAGCAAAAGCCGCCCGCGGGUGCUGUACGCGCCCGAAGGCGAAAUUGUUCGCAAUUCAGACUACACACUGCUAGAAGUGCUAAAGGAGGAGCCCAUCAGGGUAACGAUCCGUGGACUCCGGCGCACCUUCUACCCGCCCAUCCACCACGCACCCAUAGACAACUCACCCCCUGAGAAGAAGAUGCAGCUGGACUGGGUUUACGGCUACCGAGGCGCCGACAGCCGGCGCAACCUAUGGGUGCUACCUACUGGCGAGCUGCUCUACUAUGUCGCAGCGGUUGCCGUUAUGUAUGACCGCGACGAAGAGUCUCAACGGCACUACAUUGGACACACAGAAGAUAUACAAUGUAUGGAACUGCACCCCUCCCGCGAGUUAGUCGCGAGCGGGCAACGCGCAGGGCGCGGGCGUCGUGCGCAAGCGCACGUGCGCAUCUGGAGUACUGACACGCUGCAGACGCUGCACGUGUUCGGCAUGGCUGAGUUUGAAGCUGGCGUGGCGGCCGUGGCGUUCUCGCAGCUGAAUGGCGGAAGCUACGUACUGGCCGUGGAUGCUGGUCGCGAGAGUAUACUCUCAGUAUGGCAGUGGCAAUGGGGACACUUGCUGGGAAAAGUGGCGACACUUCAAGAGGAACUGACUGGGGCAGCCUUCCACCCGCUCGACGACAACCUGCUCAUCACUCACGGAAAAGGACACUUGGCUUUCUGGAACCGCAGAAAAGACGGCUUCUUCGAGAGGACGGAUAUUAUUAAACAGCCAUCGCGCACGCACGUCACCGCGCUGCAGUUCGAACAAGAUGGCGACGUGGUGACAGCUGACAGCGAUGGCUUCAUCACUAUUUACAGCGUGGACAGCGACGGAGCCUACUUCGUUAGGAUGGAGUUUGAGGCUCACAUAAAAGGAAUCAGUUCACUGGUCAUGCUAUCAGAAGGAACCUUGAUAUCAGGGGGAGAAAAAGACAGAAAGAUCGCAGCAUGGGACUCGUUACAAAAUUACAAGAGGAUAACAGAGACAAAGCUACCAGAAUCAGCUGGUGGAGUAAGGAGUAUCUACCCACAGAGACCUGGCAGGAACGAUGGAAACUUGUACGUUGGGACUACGCGAAAUAACAUCAUGGAGGGAUCUCUACAAAGACGGUUUAACCAGAUUUUAUUCGGACAUCACAAGCAGUUAAUGGGACUGGCUGUUCAUCCCGAUGACGAAAUGUUCGCUACUGCUGGACAUGACAAAAAUAUUGCGCUCUGGAAGGGACACAAAUUGGUGUUUGCUUCACAAGUUGGCUACGAAUGCGUGUCCCUAGCGUGGCACCCCGGUGGCGGCGCCUUAGCAGCUGGCAGCACGGAAGGCCACCUGGUGGUCCUUAACGCAGACGCCGGGGCUCACGUGGCCACGCUAAGGGUCUGUGGCUCGCCGCUCAACUGCUUACAGUAUAACUCAGCUGGAGACACCAUGGCCAUCGGCUCGCAAAACGGUAGCAUCUACCUAUUCCGAGUGUCCCGCGAUGGGUUUUCUUACAAGAAGUCGAACAAGAUUCGAGGCGCCCAACCGCUGAUGCAGCUGGAUUGGAGCCUCGAUGGCAACUACUUGCAGACAGUCACUGCGGACUACGAUCUUGCUUUCUGGGAUAUAAAAUCAUUAUCGCCAGAAAAGAGUCCGAUUGCUAUGAAAGAUGUAAAGUGGUCUACAUUCAAUUCUACUGUGGGCUUCCUUGUAUCAGGAAUGUGGAACAACCGAUUCUAUCCGAUGACGACUUUAAUUUCAACGGCCAGUCGAUCAGCUGCACAUGACCUACUUGCUAGCGGAGAUACUGACGGAUACUUACGACUGUUCAGAUACCCAUGCGCCAGUCCGAAGGCCGAAUACAACGAGACAAAGGUAUACUCCGGCGCCGUGUACUGCGCCCGAUUCCUGUUCAACGACCGGUGCAUGGUCAGCGCCGGAGGCACCGACGCGGCGCUGAUGCUGUGGGAGCUGGUGGACGACUAGCGGGGCGGGCCGGGGCGCGUGCCACCCCCCGCCGUCGUGCUCGCUCCCCCCACGCCCUCCCCACCCCCCCGCCAUCACCCCACCUUCCACGUACUCGACUUCGACGAACUCGACUGAACGGCGGGAAGAGGUACCAACCUCUUUUUCAAUUAAAGCCAGGGUGACCCCUGUUCUUGAGAUUCGAGCCUCGAGGCGCGAUGAGAAUCUUCCCGAAACUGACUGUUUUUUCCUUCGACCAUCGUUUCAAAUGAAAUAGACCAAAAUAUCACGGACUUUACAACCGGCCGGAUUGUGGAAAUGUUAUGUCAAUUAAUUUUGUUCUAGAUUGCUAUGAGUAUUUUUUGCAUUCAUUCACCACACCAGUUAACAAGUAAACUUAAUUUUGCAAGACCUUCAAUACAAUCAGUGUUUUUAUAUGAGUAAAAAAUAUUCAUAUGUGAAAAUAAUUACAAUGGCAACACUUCACUUGACAGAUAAAACAAAGUUUGUCUGUAUCAAAACCGGUCCGAAAUACACUGUCACGCUUAUGCAAAAACAUAGAAUUAUUUAAAUAAAUACAAAAUUUACAUUAAACCUAGUUACCCACAUAACAAUGAGUAUUAAUUUAAAUAGCUUACAUUUCCACAUCUUGA